AUGGCGACCAACGGAAACUUCACACAGCAGGAUCAGUACAAGAGUGCACCUGAGCAAUACACUGCCACCUCGGGUGCUCCUGAGAGCAAUACUGGAAGCGCGUCGGGUAAUGACUUGUCUAAGGAUGAGGUUGGAUGGUACUUUGUGGAGCAAUACUAUACUACUUUGAGCAAGUCUCCAGAGAAGCUCCAUCUAUUCUAUGGGAAGCGCUCCCAAUUUGUCUCUGGCCUUGAGCAGGAGAUUACUUCAGUCUCCGUUGGUCGAGGUGCAAUCCAAGAACGAAUCCGUAACCUCGACUUCCAAGACUGCAAGGUCCGUGUCUCCAACGUCGACUCUCAAUCAUCCUUCGACAACAUCGUCAUCCAAGUCAUUGGUGAGACCUCCAACAAGUCUGCAGAGCUCAAGAAGUUCGUACAAACCUUCGUCCUUGCACAACAGCCAACUGGAUACUUCGUUCUCAACGACAUUUUCCGAUACAUCAAGGAUGAGGCCGAGGAUGAAAUUGCAAAUUCUGCUGAACCAGAGGAGGCACCUCUCGCCGAAAACGUCGAAAUGCCAAAGGCUCCAGUUGAGGAGGAGACUCCAUCAACUCUCGAUGCCGAUGUCGUUGACAAGAAACUAGAGGAGACAAUCGAGGAACCAGCAGCUGCUGAACCUGUAACCAACGGUACCUCUGAGCCAGUCGAGGAGGCUGAGGAAGCUCCAGCUACCCCCGCAGAAGAGCCCAAAGAGACGCCUUCAGUCGAGGAAGCUGAGAAGGCAACCGAGGAAGAGAUCAAGGAGGAAGAGAAACCAAAAGACCCAGUUCCAAGCCCCGUCGCUGUUCGCGCUGCCUCUCCAGUAAAGCCAGCCCAGCCCGCUGCUCCUCCAAAGCCAUUGAGCUGGGCUAGUCGAGCUGCUGCCGCUAUGGGAUCCGCACCUAAGCCCGCCGUUCCCGCUGUUGCCGCUCCAAAGACUGCCACUCCACCAGCACAACCACGCGCAGCCCCUCCUGCAAAGGCUGCUGCUACUCCAAACCAACCCGCCCAAGCCGCUACCCCAGCUGCUGUCCCUGCCUCUGAGAAAGAGAAGGAGAACGUUGGAUGGCAAACAGCCGGUGACCAUGUCAAGCGACAAAACAGACCUCAAUCGAUUUCUGCUCCUCCAGAAGACAAGGGAACAAUGGCUUACAUCAGAAAUGUUACCGAGAAGUUGUCCCCAGAGAGUCUUCGUGGUGCGUUAGAAUCCUUCGGUCCAUUGGUCUACUUCGACAUCAACCGCGGAAAGAACUGUGCCUUCGUUGAGUAUGCUACCGCUGAAGGAUACAAUGCCGCUGCUGCCGCCAACCCACAUCAAAUUGGCGACGAGGCAGUUUACGUCGAGCCUCGCAGACCAAAGGCUGGUGCUUACGGAGGAAACGGUUACUCUGGAGGAAGAGGUGGUGCCAACCAGCGAGGAGGCCGAGGCGGAUUCCAAGAUAAUCGUGGACCACCUGGUGGACGAGGAGGAUUCGGACAAAACCGUGGUCGUGGAGGUCCAGCUGGUGGUGCCCAGCGAGGCGGUCGCGGACCAUCUCAACCAACCAACGCAUGA